AUGCAUCAUGUCCCAUCACAGUCAAGUCUCAUCUAUGAUCAGCUCUAUCUCUACCCGAUCAAGUCCCUACGGCCAACGCCUGUCGAAUCAGGCAUCCUCACGAUGCAGGGCUUACAAUACGACCGACGAUUUAUGCUCCUCAAAGUUGAAUCCGGCAAAGAUGGCGAGAUCAAGCUAGAAAAUAUGCAUGUAGCGCGUUAUCCAGCUAUGGCACUUUUUGAAGUAGCCGUCGAGAUGCCGAAGACCGAUGAUGAUCGUGGAAACAUCACCAUCACGUACCACCCUCCGUCAUCGCAAGAAGCAUCAGACACCAGGCCGCGUGACACGAAACGAAUUGAGAUCCAACUACUGCCACUUCUAGGAAGAGACGCGACGCAGGUCAAAAAAAUACCUAUCAUGAUGCACUCGAGUCGCACGAGCGCUUUUGAUAUCGACACCAAAUACAAUGAUUGGUUCAGCGAAUGCUUCGGCUUCCCGGUAAUCCUGGCUUAUUUAGGUCCGCUCUCCCGCAGCGUCCUGGGCACAUUAGCACCGGAAAGCAAAGGAAAUUGGCAAGUCUGGAAGCAAGAAUGGAACGGCGUCUUUCUGAAGAGAAAAAUCUUCCCUCCCCUUCUGUGGGCCUUCGUCCUCUUCCAAAUCCUCAAUUUACCCCGCCGAUUAAUAGAGGAUUAUGGAAUGAAUUUCACACAUGCCAUCACGCUUGCAGUGAUAGUCGGCAUUACUCUGAUACUCGGCACGCAUAUCGCCCUACUCCGGAAGCACAAAUCCCAAAUCAGUUUCGCGGACUGUGCACCUUAUAUGAUUAUCUCCGAGACCUCUGUUGAGGAUGUUUCGGCCCGGUUAGCAGAAGGUGAAGAUAUGGACCGCAGCAAGUUUCGGCCGAACAUUGUCGUUUCGGGCUCUGAGGAGGCAUAUGAGGAAGACUUCUGGACUGAGCUAUCUAUUGGCUCGCGGGCGAGACUGCUGCUGACGGGAAACUGUACGCGGUGUGUAAGCCUGAAUGUAGAUUAUUCAACGGGGCAAUUUGCCAAUGGUGAACAGGGAACUGUGCUCAAGAAACUAAUGAAGGAUAGACGUAUAGAUAAAGGUGCUAGGUUUAGUCCUGUUUUUGGACGGUAUACUUUCUUGGAUCGGGCUAGUGAUGGACAGGUUAUUCGGGUUGGUGAUGAAGUUGAGGUCAUGGCGCGGAGUACGAAAUACUCGGUCUCUGGUGAGUAUUCCAAGGCGACUGUCUCCAGUGCUUUUUUGCCAUAUCAGGUUGCCCAGGUGCUAACGUUAUAUAGAUUGGCCUGGCCUUAG